ACCGCCACAGAUGCGAUAUAUACUCACCAUUAACGAAAGAAACCCAGUUGGGCUCUUUGCGUUCAGAAUAAUGGCUCUCUCUCAAACAUUUUCUUCCUGACAACAAAUGGAAGAAGGAAUGGGAAUGAGAAAUAUCACUUUUUAAGGUCAUUUUGAUGGAAAAAGAAAAAACCUUUUAGCUUUAAUUGUUAUAUGACACAUCAUGAAGUUAGAAACUGAUAGUUCUCUUGUGAUUCUGACGGUUGCAUGAUCAUAAUUUCUUGAGCUAUGAGCUUAAAUUUGAUUGUAGUAAUUGGUUAGCUGAAAAUAUUUUGUGGGUUUGUGAAAGGUUGGGUAUAUUAUGUUGGAGGGUCCAUUUUUGUAGGUUUUGUGGGUUUUUCUAUCCUUCUGUGAAAGUUUGUGUAUAUUAUGUUGGAGAGUCUAUUAUCGUGUAAACAUUUGGUUAUUAACAUCAGAGGUUGGAGGGAAAGUUAAAGAGGCUAUUCGGUUUGUAAUGGAUCAUAGUAAUUCAGAGGAAAGUGAUUUAAUUGUUGAUUUGGAAAGAGGUGGGACGACAAGCGAAGAUGAUGGAGUUAAAGACUUGAAUGUAGGUGGUAAGCAUGCAAGGAAAAUGCUGGGUAGGCUGAGGAGUGGAAAAAUUGGUUUUGAUAGAUCAGUGAGGGAUAUGGAUGGAUUAGGUUCAAGCAAGAAUGUAUUACACUAUAGUGAAAAUUUGGAGAUAUUGAUCGGUAAUGUGGAUGGAAAGGCAGCGGCGGGUAUGAUGGAGAUGGAAAUGGAAAAAGAGAAGAGGAAAAAGACGAGUUCUAAGAAGCCUCCCAAACCGCCCCGUCCUCCUAAGAGUCCAUCAUUGGAUGCCGCCGAUAUAAAGUUGGUCAGAGAAAUUUCUGAGCUUGCGAGAUCAAGGCGUGCAAGAAUUGAACAAAGGCAGGAGAUGAAGAAAAAGAGAGCGGAUAAGGCAUCAUCCUCAAAUGCUAACCUUAUUGCGUUUGUAAUCACCAUUCUCUUCUGCUUUGUGAUAAUCUUCCAAGGUUUCUUGGGUUCUCGUGUGUGAUGCGUCUAGAAGCAUUCAUCCUCAAAUUACACCAAGUAGAUUCCUGCCUUUUGAGCAGGGUCUGCUGGAGCUCUGAAUCCUGAUUUGGCCUAUUUGCUGAAAUUGGCCUGUGUGCAGCAGUCUGGCAGAGCUGCAUUCAAGGAUUCUGGUCAUAGGCUUGCAGAACAAUUACAUGGUAUCAAUUUUAGGUGGAUAUGUGAUUGCCCAAAGGCUGUUGUCAUGCGGCAGAGACAUGGAAUUGGAAGGAGGAAUUUCCAAAUUCUGCAACACUGGCAAUAUGGUGGUGUGAUUCAAAUGGAAUACUUUGACACCUCUUCACUGACUCUUUGAGUUUCCCAAGUCUUUCGGGUAGGGUUUGCUGGAGCUCUGAAUCCUGUUUCGGCCUAUUGCUGAAACCGGCCUAUGUGCGUCCGUCUGGCAGAGUUCUU